AUGUAUCAGAUAUACGCAGCCGCGGCCGUCACGCUCGAACUGCUGGAAGACGACCAAGAUUCUGGUGAGAUUCCUUGGCGGAAUUGACAACGUUGGUCAUUACGUAUCAGGUACGAUAUCUGUUCGUAAAUAUACUUUUGUUUUAUCAGCCAGCUGAACCCCUUGCAUUGUUCGGAGCGAACGAGGAGAACCUGAUGGAAAACUUCAAUAGGCGUUUUCAAAACGAAGAUCGCACGAGGGCAGCAUGUUUAGACGCCAUUGGAGACCUACUGCGGGCCCACGAAAAAACUUUGCCAGGCUUCGGGUUGCCACUGAUCGACGUGACACUACUCAAACCGAAAACAGACGACGGGAUUUUCGGUAAAAUAGAUGCGGUGGAACGUUGGGUCCAAUAG